GGGGCAGCGCCUGCCCACACUCGUCCCGGUCACUGUAGUCGCUGGAGAAGCGGAGCAGUCCCGCGGCCCCGGCAGCGUCUCCGUCAUGAAGCCCAACUUCUCCCUGCGACUAAGGGUAUUUAACCUCAACUGCUGGGGCAUUCCCUACCUGAGCAAGCACCUGGCGGACCGCAUGAAGCGCCUGGGAGACUUUCUGAACGUGGAGAGCUUCGACCUUGCUCUACUGGAGGAGGUGUGGAGUGAGCAGGACUUCCAGUACCUGAGACAGAAGCUGUUGCCCACCUACCCAGCAGCACACUACUUCCGGAGUGGCAUCAUUGGCAGUGGCCUUUGUGUCUUCUCCAAACACCCAAUUCAGGAACUCACCCAGCAUGUCUACACCCUCAAUGGCUACCCCUACAUGCUCCAGCAUGGUGACUGGUUCUGUGGGAAGGCUGUAGGGCUGCUGGUGCUCCAUCUAAGUGGACUGGUGCUCAAUGCCUACGUGACCCAUCUCCAUGCCGAGUACAAUCGACAGAAGGACAUCUACCUAGCACAUCGCGUGGCCCAAGCCUGGGAACUGGCCCAUUUCAUCCAACAUACAUCCAAGAAGGCCGAUGUGGUUCUAUUGUGUGGGGACCUCAACUUGCACCCCAAGGACCUGGGCUGCCGCCUGCUGAAGGAGUGGACGGGGCUGCGUGAUGCCUACCUCGAGACCCGGGACUUUAAGGGCUCUGAAGAAGGCUGUACAAUGGUACCCGAGAACUGCUACGUCAACCAGCAGGAGCUGGAGCCCUUUCCCUGUGGCAUCCGUAUUGACUACGUGCUUUACAAGGCAGUUUCUGGGUUCUACAUCUCCUGUAAGACUCUCAAAACUACCACAGGCCAUGACCCUCAAAGUGGCACCCCCCUCUCUGAUCACGAGGCCCUGAUGGCUACUCUGUGUGUGAGACACAGCCCACCCCAGCACAACCCCACCUGCAGCCAUGGACCAGCAGAGAUGUCACCAUUGGUCAGCGUGCUAAAGGAGGCCUGGGCAGAGCUGGACCUGGGCGUGGCUCAAGCUCGUUGGUGGACCAGCUUCGCUGGCUACAUGAUUGGCCUGGGGCUGUUUCUCCUGGCGCUGCUGUGUGCUCUGGCAGCUGGAGGAGGCGUCAGGGAAGUUACCAUACUGCUCGGGAUCCCCAGCGUAGGACUGGUGCUGGGGGCGGGUGCAGGCUACCUGUUCCACAUGCAGGAGGCCAAGGGCUUGUGUAGGGCCCGGGCUGAGCUCCAGCAUGUGCUGGGAAGGGUAAGAGAGUCCCAGAACAUGGGGCCAGAGUCUCAGCCAGCCCUGCUCCUGGAGCAGCAGGAGGGGAACAGGGGUGAGGACCAAUAAAGCUUGACACUU